AUGUCUGGCGUGAAUACCCCGAAGCUUGCACAGCUGGACACCAGUUUUGCGAGGAAUGCUAGCACCAGCUCGGCAGCCACACCAAGUUCCCAGACAUUUAGUAGUAAAAGCAGAUUUCCUCUGUAUAUUGCUAUAAAUGCAUACACAAAAAGGAUGGAAGAUGAGCUGGAUAUGAACCCAGGUGACAAAAUUCAAGUGAUUAACGAUGAUGGUGAGUUUAACGACGGCUGGUUUUAUGGGCGGAACCUGAGAACGAAAGAGGAAGGGUUGUAUCCCGUGGUUUUUACUCAGGUGUUGGCAACAGAGAGAAAAUCUACAGUUAUGAGAGCAAAAUCUUCGAAGCGUAUAUAUAGCCCAAGCUCUCGAGAAGACCUAGUGAAUUCUCCAGCACUUUCAAAUUCUGAAGUAAUGAACGAUUUGCCAUCUCCUUAUCUAGUUGAAUCUGGAGCUUCUGCUUUCACCAAUAAUGUAAACCGUAACGUCUCAGUGAAAAGCACGAUAAGCGAUAUCGAUAAGGCCUUAGAAGAUUUACAGCAUGCAAAUGUGAACGAUACUACGUUAUCAUCAGCUAAUUACAACUCUGGAGAUGUGACACAGAACACUGUAUACUCUACUACGCAAGGCUUGAAUGUGAAUGAAGCCUCUACAGUGAGCCUACCGAGAAAUCAAAACGAAAUCAUGGAGUUGAUGAAUGUAGAAAACUGGACACCAGAUGAAGUAACUGCAUACUUUAUAGGCCAUGGGUUUGAUAUCAAAUCAGCUAGCAGUUUUCAACAACACAAAAUUUCUGGUAAGAUAUUGCUUGAAUUACAACUGGAGCAUUUAAAAGAAUUGGAUAUUAGCUCUUUUGGCACUAGAUUUGAAAUGUAUAAGCAGAUAGAGAUGAUCAGGGAAGUUGUUGCUAGAGAAGGUAAAGUGGGCUCACACGAUGUGAUAAGAGUGGAGAAAAAUAGAGACAGAAACGACGCCAGUGCUUUAAUGCCUGCCCCAACUCUAAACACCAGUGCUCCUAGGAGUCAUCCAAGGAAUGCUUCUCAUUCACUAGAAGACCUUCCAUCAAGUGAAACACGAACACCUUCUACCAAACAUAGACCUACAUCCUUAUGGAUAGGUGGUGGCAGUGUCUCCGAGGAGAAGGGUGACUUGUUUGUUUCACCAAGAAGGGCUCCAAAACCACCUUCUUACCCCAGCCCUGUGCAACCGCAGAGACUACCUACAUUUUCGAACGAUGAACAGAAGGCUGUUAGAGAAGUAAGUCAAUCAACACAAAUAGAUACUAAUGUAGGCAAUUCAAAAAGUUCAAGUGCAGACCAAAGCAAUUCAGAAACUCCGUUGAGUCCAUUCAAAACUGUUAUGAAUAGAGUGUCACUGCUUUCGCCAAUAAAAAGUGAGAAGAAGCGCGAUGAGGCGAAUGAAAGUGCUAUCUCCGAGGAUGCCAGCGCAACUUCAAGUAUAUAUGCAAGCCCAUCAAGGUCUCUUUCAAUGGUAGAUAUUAAAAAGAACUCAGACAAACCUCAAACUAAAACUCACAGAAGAAAUUCUUCGAUUGCUAGUUUCUCUUCAAAUGGUAAAGUAACUGAGCGUAAACCAAGUGGCAAUGACAGAAGUAAAGUAGCAUCUAUAUUUUUGAGUCCCUUUAAACAGCAAUUCACAAACAAUGCUACCAAAAGCUCUCCAUCAACUACUCCUACUUCACCCUCAGCUGCUAAACAACCAACUCCGGUUAAGCGUAGUCCACAACCGGAGAAAAGAUCAGUUAGCGCAAAGACACAAAGUAAAACUAAGUCGGCCAUAGCUAGUACUGCUAUUGCCGAGGAACCACAAAAGAGAUCUGUUAGUGAAGCUGUAAAAUCCAAGAACAAAUCUACCAAGCCUGGUUUGAGAAAGCAACAUACCUCGGCAUUUACUGAGGGUUUGAGAUCUAUCAGUGUACGAGACGCUAUGAAAAAUGCAGACUAUUCUGGGUGGUUAAGUAAGAAAGGUAGUGGUGCUGUGAGCGUGUGGAAAACAAGAUUCUUUACCUUACAUGGUACUAGACUUUCCUACUUUGCUAACACUACUGAUACAAGAGAACGUGGUUUGAUAGAUAUUACCGCACACCGUGUUAUCCCUGCCAAAGAGGAUGAUAAACUAGUUUCGCUAUAUGCUGCAAGUACAGGUAAAGGCCGCUUCUGUUUCAAACUAAUUCCACCGCAACCUGGAUCCAAGAAGGGUUUGACUUUUACUCAACCAAGAACGCACUACUUUGCUGUCGACACUAAGGAUGAAAUGAGAGGAUGGAUGGCAGCAUUAAUCAAAGCAACUAUAGACAUCGACACCACUGUUCCAGUAGUUAGUUCAUACUCCACACCUACUGUAUCACUAAGCAAAGCUCAAGAGUUGUUGGCUGAAGCGAGAGAAGAGACUAAGCUGAGGGAAGAACAAUUACAAAACCAAGAGAGUUUAUGGAAUGAAGAUGACCAUGGAAGCCAUCCAGAUAAGUCCCUCAAUCACACCGCUUCCUCCCACAAUGCCGAAACAACAGUUAUAACUUCCGAUUCAGAUACAAGUAUGAAUACACCAAACUUAUCAAGCACCACUGCAGGUACCAAUGGUUUUAGUAGUCCAUUCUUACUAGCUUCCGGUAUGGCCUCACCUGCUAUUGCUAGGAAGACUAGUAGACAAACAAAAGAACCAGGAAAAUUGGAGGAUAGUACCAAAGCAGAAGAUACUGGAUACUUUGACACCGAACACCAUAAACCUGCUGAACAUAUUUGA